CAUCUAGCUUAGAACUCUUAAUUUAUCUCACCGCCUCCCUUCAAGCUGCAGACUGAAAGAAAGAAAUCAACUUGCUCAAGAGUUAAAGAACAAGAGAGCCAAAAUACUCCAGGAUGUUCCGUGGUGUGCUAUGUAUUCUGUUCCUACAAUUAUUUCACCAGAUCCAACCCCAGACAUUGAGAACCUGUUUCUUGUCCCCCAGACCAACAAGUGUUUGUGACCCAACAGAAAGAUAUCGAACAAUCACAGGAUCCUGUAAUAAUAUUGACAAUCCAACCUGGGGGAUGCCGGGCUCUCAAUUACACAGGCUGGUUAGCUCAGCAUACAGUGACGGAAUAGGGGAGCCAAGAGGAGGGUAUAAUUCAAGAACACUUCCUAAUCCAAGAUAUUUGUCCCAGAGGAACCAUCCUGACAAUGAUAACCCUGACACCAGGUUUACGCAUAUGGUGAUGCAGUUUGGACAGUUUCUUGAUCAUGAUAUAACAGUUACCCCGAAGGAUGAAACCCUGGACUGUUGCAAGGAUACCACGAAUGAUUCAAAAUGCUUCAUAAUUCAAAUACCACCGAGAGACAGAUUUUAUUCUUGGGUUAAUCAUACUGUAACUUGUCUAAAUUUGGUCCGAUCUACUCCAUUAUGCCAGACACCUCAACGUGAGCAGUACAACGGAAUAACCUCGUAUAUUGACGCCUCUACAGUUUACGGAAGUGAAGUCGGACAUGCUGCUUUUAUCCGGAAGUAUGAAGGGGGCGAACUAAUGGAAAAUGAUGUGACAGGACAACUACCAACGAAGGAGCAGUUGAAUCUUCGCCCUGACAUUAACAGGUUAAGAAAGGAACGUCAGAUAGAUUUUGUAUCUGGAGACGAGAGGACCAAUGAGCAUCCAUUCCUCACUUCCAUGCAUAUCGUCUUCCUUAGAGAACAUAACAGGAUUGCUCGUGAACUACGUAAACAUCUGCCAACCUAUCUCCAGCAGGACGAAUUCAUUUAUCAGGAAUCAAGAAGACUAGUUGGAGCCCAGAUGCAGAAUAUAGUUUACGGAGAGUUUCUGCCUACAAUCCUAGGAGCUAAAUAUAUGAAGAAAUAUAAUCUACUAGCAGAGGAUUCUUCGCAGUACGACCCUAGAGAAAACCCAAGCGUUAUUCAUGCAUUCACAGUAGCAGCCUUUAGGUUUGGACACUCCAUGAUAAAUUCCAUGUUUAUGCUAAAGUCCGGAAAACAUGAUUCAACUGACCCACAUACAUUCUUUUGGAGACUUAGGGAAAUAUUUGAUGGUCAGACUGUUGGUGGAUCUCGUCUUCCCUUGGAGAAUAUGCUCGAAGGAUUAUGUUCCCAGAUGCCUCAAACCGUGGAUCCAUUCUUCUCUACCGAGAUCACAAACCAUCUUUUCCAAAAAAAUAAAAAACAAGAAAAUUUUGGUCAAGAUCUCCUAGCGAUCAAUGUACAGAGAGGCAGAGAUCAUGGAAUACCGGGAUAUAAUGCAUACAGAAAAUACUGUGGUUUGUCUCCUAUGACUGACUGGACGAACAAACCAAGUGAACUAAGCGAAGAGUAUUGGCUACAGCUCAAGGAUGUGUAUGAUAAAGUUGAUGAUAUUGAUCUGAUGGUGGGCGGAGUAGCUGAGACUAAUGUCAAGGGCGGAGCAGUCGGACCAACAUUUGCCUGCAUAAUUGGAGAACAGUUUAAGAAGUUGAAAUAUGGAGAUAGAUUUUUCUAUACUCACCAACCAGACUCAUAUCAUUCUAAGGGGUUGUCAGCUGUUUCUAAAUCCUAUGUACUGGAGCGUACUCUUGGCGACAUCUUGUGUGAAAACUCGGAAAUAGCCGAGGUUCAGCAAUGGGUCACCCUUCAACCUGAUAAUCAGUUUAACAAGAUGGAACUCUGCAGUAGUCGGGCUAAGAUGGACCUGAAAGCCAUUGCGAAGGAAAUUACGGACGAGGCAGAAAGAAAACCAAGGCUUGUUGAAGAGGAAACCAGCAGAUUGCCGCGUGGCUCUAAGCGCAUAGGCCGCAAAAUGCAUCCAGAAAGUCGUCUUUGUUUUGAGGACGGAUGCUCAAAUCUUGUCUAACCAUAUUGACAACAAAUUGAUUCAUCGUUGGCAUUAAACAUGACUAUAUUCUGUAUCAAUAUAUCAAAAAGAAGACAUUUUAUAUUU